GUGGGACUCUUUAUGUGUCCCUGUUGUGUGUGCUGCAGUGACAGUGGGAGCGAAUGUGUGCCUGUGAAUGUAGGGGUGUGGAAAAAAGAGGGAGGGAGAGAGAGAGAGAGAGAGAGAGAAAGCGAGUAGCUAGAAAGAGAUAGAGCACAUACACAAGGCAGGAGGCGCUCCCUCUAAUCCUGGCUGCGACGCCAAACAGCAUUGCACCGGCUGCUACAAUAGUCUUAAUGGAGACUCAUGCAGACUCUGGUGCUGCAGAGCCACUUAGAGAUCGAGAGUUCCAGAAGCUUCUGAAGUCCUCCAGCUCUGCCAGUCUCACCAGCGAGGCAUCCCACAAUGCCUCAGGAGAGCAUGUCGGAACCCCGUCACAUCAUGGCAGCCAGGUGCUGAUCAUUGAAAAAAGACAGCCUCUCAGCAGUGUGUCCUCUCUGGAGGUACACUUUGACCUCCUGGACCUGACGGAGCUCACAGACAUGUCUGACCAGGAGCUGGGGGAGGUGUUUGCUGAUUCAGAUGAGGAGAAUCACACAGAAUCCCCAGCAAAUCGCCAGCAGCCACCAUUACCUAGAUUUCCACACAGCGGUUACGUCCGCUCUCCCUCCUGGACCCGCGGUGGAAAAGGGGAACAGCAGCCAAGAGAUCGAAAGCACCACAGUGACUCCGAAAACACAGAGCCAAUGUUGAAGAUAGAGCGCUCUCAAUCCCAGCAGCCUUGAGCCAGGGAGAGCUACAGGGGUUUAGGAAGAAAGCAAAGCCCUUGUGUGGAAAGUGGAGGUUCCUUCUCAAGCAAGAAGAUAAGGAACUCCUGGGAUCAACGGACAUGGGGAUACCACCUAAAGAUAAUGCAAUCCCUUUGUCCAUUAUAGACAAGAAGAGAUCUCCAAAAAAGCCGGGGUAAGUGUAGACUCUUCCUCAAGAUGGAACAGACUUCAUCCAACUAGGAUUUUGGGACGCCUCUUUGGGACCGAGUUACUUUCAGUCUUCUCCAUGUGACUACUGCAUAUGGAGAACUUGAAGCAUGAUGUAGAAUUAUGGACAACACUGGCUCCUGCGAAGUGAAUCUAAGGAGCAACUGAGGAACUCCUCAGUGUUUAAAAUCUUCAAGGAACUUUUUAAAGAACACUGCUAUGAUUCGAAGUAGCAACUGUGAUAAGACACAGACAACCUGCAGCAUACUUCAAGACAUGGCAAUGCAUAGAAGUUACAAGAAUUCCCAACAAAAGUGUUCUUUGAGGAGAUUCUGCAUGAAAAUAGGGGGACCCAGAAACAAAGUGAAAAAUCUUGUAAAAAAAUAAAUAAAAAUACUGCCUAAAGGUCCGUUCACACCUAGAACGAUAACUAUAAAGAUAACGAUAUUAGCGUCCACACCAGCGAACGAUAUUGUUUGUGUAUUCUAAGCGGACACGCGUCUGCUGCUUUAAAUUCUCGAGCCCAUUACAGCAGGAUUGAUUCUGAUUGGUUCGCAAUAUUUUUUUCGUUCAUCAGAAAAAAAAAUCGUUCUGAAAGUGAUUCCAACGCUAUCGUUUCUCUGUGCCUUUAUCGUUAUAGUUGUGAUGUGGACUCCGCUAUUCUUUAAUAUUGAGAACGAUUUUUAGAACUAUAUCUUUAUCGUUAUCUUUAUAGUUAUCGUGCUUGGUGUGAACGGGCCUUAAGGCCUGAAACAUAUCCUACGCAGGUACAUGAACGCAGACACUUUGGGGUACACAAGAUUGAUUUCAUACUUCUUUGCAUUUCAUGAUUUGUCAGAACUGAAUUCAUAUUGCAGCAUUUUGCACUGGGUUCUCAUCUUUACUGACAAGAGGGUAUUGACCUAGUAUUGAGUCCAAUCUCAAUAUGGAAGGCCACUUUCCUGUGGACUUGAGCUCAAAUCUGCCCUAACAUAUUGGAUAGGAUUGAUCAACUUUUUGAUGGUAAUUAUCUCCCCCUUAAGUACUGAGGUACUAUGAUAUGUACAGCAGGACCACACAAGCAUUUUGACUGGUGUAGAAUAUGUUUCUGGCCUAACUUAAUGCGAACAGCAUCUGAAGUUGCACUUAAAUUGUUGAAAGGGAGAAUAAUCUUUUAGCAAUAUGUUUUUAGCCACUCUUUAUCAUUAAAUGUCAUUAAUAAUUUCACAUCAAGACAUCAUUCAAAUCGGUCAGUGGUGAUCACCAGUGCACAGUAGGGAAAUAUGCCUGACGAAUUGAAAAAAAGCCACUGGGUGGGAAUUCCAAAUGCAAAUUUGUACAAAUUUCUGGACUCCUAUCAAAGUUGCACUGUUUUUGUCAGCAGGGUUAUUACAGGGUUCAAUGAUGUCAAGCAUGAUCUAUACACAGGGUCACAUUGGAGAAGAAAUUCACAAGCUUCCAGAAUCAUUAACAAGUCUGCCAAAUCAAGGAGGACAGAAAUCUAACGGGAAUAAAUGUGAAAUGACAAAGAUCA